UUACAAAGACAGAAUGAGAUACUUAAGUCGGAGGUGGAGAUGUUACAGAUCCGACUGAAACAGUUUGGUCAGGUCCAGGAACUGGCCAGCAUGUUACAGGAGAGUCACAAAUCAUUAGUGAAUACAAAUGAUCAUCUGCUGAAGGAAAUGGAGGACACAAAACGUCGUCAUCACAAUGAAACUCAGCAGAUGAAUUGGAGUUAUGAACAGCUGAAGAAAUCUAUAAACCUGUCUCGAGAGAAUGCCAGCUUGGUUCGAGAGGGAUUUUCCCGAGGUCAGGCGAGGCAGGACUAUAACAGUACAGAUAAACUGUCUGGAUCAGCGCUGUUUUACAGGGAUACUGAAUCAUAACCUUUUGUUCCUUAUUUUGUAAUAAAAAAUACUGAUCAGAUAGGGUUUCA